AUGGCGUGCCUGGGUCUCCUCCUCCUUUUCCUCCUCCUCUUCCUCCUGGCCAGCACCGCGGCCCAGGGGGAGUACGGCGUGGUCCACGUGGUGUCGGACAACUGGAGCAAGGACUACUGCAUUCUCUUCCGCUCCGACUACGUCACCCUGCCCCGGGACCUGCAGCACGCCCCACUCCUGCCCCUGCACGAUGGCACGGGCUCACCCUGGUGCCCAGGCCAGGACUCCUCCCACCAGGCCCACCCAGACGGCUCCGCCAGCCAGCGGCCCCUCCACCGGACCACCGCCAUGGUCAUGAGGGGCAACUGCAGCUUCUACGACAAGGGCUGGCUGGCUCAGGGCCGAGGCGCCCACGGGUUGCUCAUCGUGAGCCGGGUCAGCGGCCAACAGUGCUCAGACAUCACCCCGGCGGCCCAGAACCCCCGCAAGCCCCUCCCAGACCUCACCAUCCCCGUGGCCGUGCUCCGCUACACCGACAUGCUGGACAUCCUCAGCCACACCCAUGGGGGCAACGGGGUCCACGUGGCCUUGUACGCCCCCCCAGAGCCCAUCCUCGACUACAACAUGGUGGUCAUCUUCCUCCUGGCCGUGGGCACCGUGGCCGUGGGCGGCUACUGGGCCGGCGUGACUGAGGCUGACCGGCUGCAGCGGCGCCGGGCGCGAGGGGGCGGGGGGCCCGGCGGUCACCCUCCACGGGGAGCCCUGGCGGCCCGGCGGGGGCCCAGAGAAGACGACGAGGAGUCGCCGGUGGACUUCACGCCGGCCAUGACGGGCGCGGUGGUCACCAUGUCCUGCUCCAUCAUGCUGCUGCUCUAUUUCUUCUACGACUGCUUCGUCUACGUCAUGAUCGCCAUCUUCGGGCUGGGCGCGGGCACCGGCCUCUACAGCUGCCUGCUGCCCGUGGUGCGCCACCUGCCCGUGUGGCGGGACCAGUGGCUCCUGCCCGGCCGCCGAGCCUGUCUGCAGCUGCCCCUGCUGCUGCUGGCUGGCCUGUGCCUGGUGGUGACGGUCCUCUGGGUCGCCUACCGGAACGAGGACCGCUGGGCGUGGCUGCUGCAGGACACGCUGGGCGUGGCCUACUGCCUCUUCGUCCUACGGCGCAUGCGCCUGCCCACCCUCAAGAGCUGCGCCUCCUUCCUGCUGGCCCUGCUAGUCUUCGACGUGUUCUUCGUCUUCGUCACACCGUUGCUCACCAGGACCGGCGAGAGCAUCAUGGUUGGGGUGGCCUCGGGCCCGGCAGAUUCCUUGAGCCAUGAGAGGCUGCCCAUGGUCCUCAAGGUGCCCCGGCUAAGCUUCUCGGCCUUGACCCUGUGUGACCAGCCCUUCUCUAUCCUCGGCUUCGGUGACAUCGUGGUCCCCGGCUUCCUGGUGGCCUACUGUCACCGCUUUGAUGUGCAUAUACGCUCACAGCAGGUCUACUUCGUGGCCUGCACAGUGGCCUAUGCUGUGGGCCUGCUGGUCACCUUCUUUGCCAUGGCCCUCAUGCAGAUGGGCCAGCCUGCCCUGCUCUACCUGGUGUCCAGCACGCUGCUCACCAGCCUGGCUGUGGCCGCCUGCCGCCAAGAGCUCACCCUCUUCUGGACAGGCCAGGUUAGGGCCAAGGCCGUCGCCCGGCCUGUGCCAGGGCUCUGCGGCGCCCCUUCAGUUGGUUCUGAGCGGAAGCGGGAGCAUGCAGCAGACAGCCACAGAGCCUUCGAGCUCGAGGGGGCCACCAUCUCCACCCUGGCAGGAGACUUAGAUAGCAGCCUUGGGGAGGGCACGGCUGAGACUGUCACCAUAUCUGAGGAUGAAGCGACCAGUCCAGAAGGCCACAGUGACAGCUCUGAGGGCUGGAGUGAUGCCAACCUGGAGCCCGAUGACCUGUCGAGUACCCCUUCUGGGGUCUCAGAGGAGUUCUUACCACUGAUGCCAACCGCCAUGCUGAUACCGCUCAGGCCGCCGCCCUCGGAGCUGGGCCGGGCCCUGGCCCAGGCCCAUGAGGCCAGCCUGCCCUGUACAGGCUUCCACAAGAGGAAGGGCCUUAAAGUGAAGAAGAGCAUGUUGACCCAAGAUCCCUUGUGA